UUUGACACACGGAACUGGAGUGCCGAUUCACGGUCGAGCGCGGUGUGUGAUUCAGAUAAUUAUGCGAUAUUUCCUUCACAUCUAUUUGUAUUAACAAUUUGUGGAGAUCUGCCACACGACUAUAUUCCCACACUGCUGUGAGGUCAGCGCGAUUGGUGGCUAUUCCCUGCAAAAUAUUUGGUGAUGCGCGCGGUGAGCUCUGCCAGACGAGAGGCCAUAGCAACAACACACAGCUCGUCACAACUUAUCCCACAAUGCAGUCUUACUCCUCCCAAGGAAAGCUGGUGCGGAAUGGGGAGAAUAAUAAGUCAGUGAUCUGUAUAGAGGGGAAUAUUGCUAGUGGGAAGACAACAUGCCUGGAGUAUUUCAGCAAAACCAGUAACAUUGAGGUGCUGACUGAGCCAGUUUCCAAAUGGAGGAAUGUUCGAGGGCACAACCCCCUGGGGUUAAUGUACCAGGACCCGACUCGAUGGGGCAUCACUCUACAGACCUAUAUUCAGCUAACCAUGCUGGACCAACACCUCUCAACAAUAUCAGCCCCAAUGAGAAUGAUGGAAAGGUCCAUCUACAGUGCCAAGUACAUCUUUGUGGAAAAUCUUUACAGAAGUGGGAAGAUGCCCGAGGUGGACUUUGCUGUUCUUAGUGAGUGGUUUGAGUGGAUCACUCAGAACAUUGCCGUUCCUGUGGAUCUUAUCGUUUACCUCCAGUCGUCUCCACAGACCUGCCAUGAGAGGCUUAAAGAGAGAUGCAGGGAGGAGGAGAAGAUCAUUCCUUUGGAAUAUUUAGAGGCAAUCCAUCAGCUGUAUGAAGACUGGCUGAUAAAGAAGACGUCCUUCAAUGUUCCUGCUCCAGUCCUUGUGAGUGAUCAAUCUUUUUCAGGCGUGCGUUUCGGAGGACCAUGGUCAAUUAAUGAGGAACAUUGUUUAUGCGUUCUAGUGUCUCCUGUGAUAAGCGCCAGAGUGUUGGUCAUCUAUGUCAAGGAUUCCUUGUUUUUCAUUGUUGGGAAAUAGUCCAUUGUUCAAUAGAAAGGCAGGCAUGCAGGUAAGUGAUUGUUAAACACAGCUCUGUUUUUGUGUCACGUUACUAUAAUCUGUAAAGGCAGUUUCACAACAUUUAAUAAUAUAUAUAUAUAUACACUGAGUAUACAAAACCGGAUGAAAGUUAUGAUCUCUUAUUGAUAUCACUUGGUAAAUCCACUUCAAUCAGUGUAUAUGAAGGGGAGGAGAAAGGUUAACG